AUUGGUUAGAAUUGGCAUAUGAAUCCCUAAAUUCCAACUCCAAAGGCUGCCCUAAAUUGUAAUUAUGAAACCCUAAAUCUUUGAACAUCUGGAAUUUACAAUUUGUUGAAACCCCAACUCAACACCACCUCCGGGCUUUAAACGUUUCAGCUUAAUUUCUAUUUUCUUCUGAUCACCAAGACGUCACCCUACAUUAAAUAAUUUGGGAUAUUACCAGAAGAUUCGGUUCAGUUCUUUGCUUCUUGAGUUCUCUGGUCGACCCUUAGACCCUCCUGUGAAGCAACUUCAAAUUUUUGAUUGAAUUUCUACACUUUCAAUAGAAUUAUUGAUGAACUGGAAUUUGAUGGAAAAGUUCUAGCUGAUUGUCUGUCAAAAUGAUAUGGAAUUGAUUAUUGCCUCCGGCCAUAUCAAUUAGCGUGGGGUUAUGGUAUGAUAUGAUUUAUAUUCUGUUUUACGCAAAACUUCAAAAGUUAUAUUGAGUUGCGGCAAGGAGAAGUAAAAGGAAGAAAACCCAUUUGGGAAUAUUUCUGAACUGUCUCAAAGCUGAAAAAGAGGGUAGUAAUGCCGUCGGAUGUGACGGCUAGUGGUGCUGAAGGGGUUGAGGAGACCUCACCGGACAUGUUAAAGAACACGCCUUCGAAUAUAAGGAGGUUGGUUAAUGAGAUUGAGCAGUAUGAGAGCAGGCAGAAAUACCUUGCCCACACUAGGAGCCCCUCAGAUGGCGGCGAUGUGCGGUGGUACUUCUGUAAGGUCCCUUUGGCAGUAAAUGAGCUAGCCGCAUCUGUUCCUAGAACAGAAAUUGUUGGGAAGGGCGACUAUUUUCGGUUUGGUAUGCGGGAUUCUCUGGCUAUAGAGGCGUCUUUCUUGCAGAGAGAGGAUGAGUUACUUUCUAGUUGGUGGAAAGAGUAUGCCGAAUGUAGUGAAGGUCCUAGGGGGAAGGCCCACACUAAUUCCAAGUCAAGCCUAAAAUCUUCAGAUAUCCCUGAAUCACUUCAGCUAUUUACAACUGAGGAAGAGAGAGUUGGUGUUCCUGUGAAGGGAGGGUUGUAUGAGGUGGACUUGGUCAAGAGACAUUGUUUUCCUGUUUACUGGAAUGGAGAGAAUCGACGGGUGCUACGUGGACACUGGUUUGCUCGUAAAGGUGGUCUUGAUUGGCUUCCUCUUCGUGAGGAUGUCUCUGAGCAAUUGGAAUAUGCAUACCGCAGUCAGGUGUGGCAUCGACGAACCUUUCAACCAUCAGGUCUCUUUGCAGCUCGAGUUGAUUUACAAGGCUCAACCCCGGGAUUGCAUGCUCUCUUCACAGGGGAAGAUGAUACAUGGGAAGCUUGGCUAAGUGUUGAUUCUGGAUUUUCUAGUGUUGUAAGCUUUGGAAGGAACAGCAGUAAGUUAAGACGUGGAUAUGCCCCGUCCCAGUCACAGAAACCAACAAAGGAUGAAUUACGUCAGCAGAAGGAGGAGGAAAUGGAUGACUACUGUUCCCAGGUUCCUGUUCGGCAUUUAGUAUUCAUGGUUCAUGGUAUUGGUCAAAGGUUGGAGAAGUCUAAUUUGGUGGAUGAUGUUGGAGAUUUUCGCCAUGUAACAGCAAGCCUUGCAGAAAGACACCUGACUUCACACCAACGUGGCACUCAAAGAGUUCUUUACAUUCCAUGUCAGUGGAGGAAGGGCUUGACACUCAGUGGUGAAACUGCAGUUGAGAAAAUCACUUUGGAUGGCGUCCGAGGGCUACGUACAAUGUUGAGUGCAACAGUUCAUGAUGUCUUAUACUAUAUGAGCCCUAUCUAUUGUCAGGACAUCAUCGAUUCGGUAUCCAACCAACUUAACAGAUUAUAUUUGAAGUUUCUUAAGAGGAACCCUGGUUAUGAUGGCAAGGUUUCCAUAUAUGGUCACUCUUUGGGAAGCGUUCUAUCUUAUGAUAUCCUUUGUCAUCAAGAAACUCUAUAUUCACCCUUUCCAAUGGAGUGGAUGUACAAAGAACAUAAAAGAAGUGAAGCACCUUGUACUACCACAAAUACCUCAUCUGCUAGCGGCAAUCCCAUCUCGAAUUCUGGGGAUGAGAGCACUGGGAAUGUUGGAGAAGAGAGCAUAGUCAGUCAUGAGCAUAAUCCAGACCUCGUUGAAGAACCUCUUGAGGGAACUUGUAAUCAAUUGGUUCCUGCUGCAUCAUCAGAAUCAGAUGAAUCGAUUAUUAUUGAUACUGGCUACCAGCAGACAAAUGAUUCCUCGUCAUCAGAUGAAAAUCCGAACGAACCCUCCUGCAGUUCGGACCACAUGGAAUUUUAUAAAAGUGAUAUGAUGGAUGACCCCAAUAGCAUGAAAAGUGAGGUUGUCCCUAGUGACAACAAUAAAGAUGGCAAGGAUUUCUCUAAUAAUGACAAGGAUGAAAUAAUAAAAUCAUUGAGGGAAGAGAUUGAAUUGCUAAAAGCAAAAGUCAAGGAAUUUGAAGCUGAAUAUGCUGACAGAGUUAAUGCAAAGGAAAGUACAGCAGUAGUAAAUCGACCUGAUCCUAAGAGUGUUCAACCUGGAGAUUCCUCGAAGAGUUAUACCCCACAAAUAAGAUAUACAAAAUUAGAAUUCAAGGUUGACACAUUUUUUGCUGUGGGGUCUCCUCUUGGAGUGUUCCUCUCCCUCCGCAAUGUUCGUAUUGGGAUUGGUAAAGGAAAAGAAUAUUGGGAAGAGGAAAAUAUAAAUGAAGAGAUGCCAGCAUGUCGGCAGAUGUUUAACAUCUUUCAUCCUUUUGAUCCUGUAGCAUAUCGAAUAGAACCACUUGUCUGUAAAGAGUUUGUACACAAACGUCCCGUAAUUGUUCCUUACCACAGAGGUGGGAAACGGCUCUAUGUUGGGUUUCAGGAAUUUAAAGAAGGGUUAGCUUCACAUUCUCAUGCUUUUGUGGAUCAAAUGAACACUGUAAGGGUGAAAGUGCUCACAAUCUGUGAAUCAAGAUGCAAUGAUGGUCAGGAUGAGGAAUCUAAAAAUACUCAGGUGAAAGAAGAGAGAUCAUAUGGCUCAAUUAUGAUGGAGAGGCUAACAGGAAGCUUAGACGGGCGAGUCGAUCAUGUAUUACAGGAUAAGACGUUUCGCCAUCCAUACCUCUCAGCUAUUGGGUCGCAUACAAACUACUGGAGAGAUUAUGAUACGGCUCUUUUCAUACUGAAGCACUUGUACCGGAAUAUACCAGAUGGACCUAUUUCACACGAUGAGCAACCGGAAAGCAGCUCAAAAGACGAGAAUAGCUACAAGCAGUGGUCUGAUCCUCGCGAGAUUGAAGAUGAAGAGCUACCUUUGACCUUUGCUGACAGUGUCUCCAUCAAAAAUUUCUCCCACAGAGCCAAGAAAAUGAUGAAGUAACUCUGGACACUGUUUGAUAUGUUGUACUCUGCAGAACUGAGACUGUUUCAACCUAAACUCAACCCAUACUGCAAAUUAGCACACUCCAUGACAAGGGUGAUGUUGUCAUCUAGCACCAUGCAGUUUUUCAGUCAGGUUCGACUUGUUGGGUUUUCAUGACUUGGCACUUUAGAUGGCAGACUCCAGUUACUGGCACCACCACGAUGGAAUGGGCAAGGGUUUUCUAGCAUGUACAAGAACUGUACAUGCAAAGAGAAGAAAGAGUAGCUUGUAUAAAGUAGGAUAUACAUGGAAAGUUGGGCAUGCUUGUGUUCAUGUAGAUAUAUGUAAACUAUAUUCUUCCCCUGGAAUAUGUACAUUAGUAUGGGCUGUAGCUUUGAAAAAGGACGUUUGCAACAAGUUUCUUGUUACUGUAUUCUUCUUUUAGUUAUAGUGUUUACUUACAACAGGCAAUUCUUGAUGAAUAAUCACGCAUUUCAUGUCAAACAAAUCCUUAAUUGUAAUGA